GUUGGUCUCGUUUGUUUUUUCUGCAAAAAACAGAAAAGAAAGGAAGGAAACUCAUAGAGUGAUAGCCUACGGCCCCAUUCCUGCCCAAUUCUCCUCCGAUGGCCAACCUCUCCGCCUCAGCUGCUGCCGCCGGCAACCUCGUCUCCCCUUCGCGUCGGCCCUCCCUCGCGCUGAAGAAGAUCGCUCCAUCGCUGCGCGUAGCUGCCGCGCCUGCGGGUCUCCUUCGGUUGAAAGCGGCGGUGGGCAGAGCCGCCACGAGCUCCAACGGGGCAGCACCAGCCGGCACCAUUGUCAAUCCAAUUGAUGUCCCUCUCUUGUCUUUCUCUGAGGUUGCCAAAAGGCUUGAUGCAUUCCAAGCUUCCGGUGUGAGAAAUCAAACGUAUAUGGCCAUGUACUCUAGUAUUUUUGGUGGAAUUACCACAGAUCCCUCUGCAAUGGUGAUACCAGUUGAUGAUCACAUGGUUCAUAGAGGACAUGGUGUUUUUGAUACUGCUGCUAUUAUGGAUGGUCACCUCUAUGAGUUAGAACAGCACCUUGACCGCUUCCUCAAGUCUGCACAUAUGGCCAAAAUCCCAUUGCCUUUUGAUCGAUCAACAAUUCUAAGUGUACUUAUUCAAACUGUGUGUGCAUCAAAAUGUACUCAAGGUUCGCUUAGGUACUGGUUGUCUGUCGGGCCCGGAGAUUUCCAAUUGUCUUCAUCUGGCUGUACAAAAUCAGCCCUCUAUGCUAUUGUCAUUGAUAGUCCAUCCUUGCCAGUACCAUCAGGCUGCAAAGUGAUCACAUCAUCCAUACCGGUAAAGUCUCCACAGUUUGCAGUCAUGAAAAGUGUAAAUUACCUGCCAAAUGCGCUCACCAAGGUGGAAGGUGAGGAAAAUGGUGGAUUUACUGGCAUCUGGUUGGAUGAUGAGGGUUUCGUUGCUGAGGGUUCGAACAUGAAUGUUGGCUUUGUGACACGGAACAAGGAACUUCUCAUGCCCCGCUUCGACAAGAUCCUGAGCGGGUGCACGGCAAAACGGGUUCUAGCCCUCGCUGAGCAGCUACUGGAGAAUGGAGGGCUCAGUGGGAUAUCUUCAAGGAAUGUGAGUGUCCAGGAAGGGAAGGCGGCCGAUGAAAUGAUGCUCAUUGGGAGUGGAAUUCUUGUCAAGCCUGUUGUUCAGUGGGAUGAUCAGAUGAUUGGCUCAGGCAAAGAAGGCCCAAUUGCUCAGAGACUUUUCAACCUCAUUCUUGAGGACAUGAGAUCUGGUCCGCCUUCAGUUCGAAUCCGCGUCCCUUACUGAAACCUUCUGAACUUUACAGAUCCAUAUACGAAAUCAGAAGCAACUUUGGAGCCAUUCUUGUGUGUCAACCUUAUGCCUUCUUCUCUACAUUAAACCUGGACGUUGACUUGUUAGUUUGACGCACAGAAUCACAGAUACCGCUCGUGGAAGUGUAGAAGACGAGGCUUUUGGUAAACAUCGUCUUUUUUAGAGGUCUACUAAUAUAUGAAUAAAGCUUUUGAACGGUUGUGUGCAUCCUGGUUAUGCAGAGGCUGGGUGU